CAACUGUAUCUCUUUUUUCCCCCUCUUCUCUUCUUCAUCUAUUUUGUUUUGUUUUGUUCUUCAGAUCUCCUUGGGUUUUGUUUUCCUUUCCAUAGACACACACACACACACACACAACCGCCUAAACCUACCCAUUCCUUCUACUCUUCUAAACAGAAACAAUGAUUAAGUCAAGCUGGUUCUACGUCAGAUUCAAGUAUGCUGAAAAGCUUAAUCCGGGCCAAAACAGCUGCCGAGACAGCGACAGUGAAAGUGCAAGCGGAGAAACAAAAGGCUUUCAUCGGAGCAGCUCGAGAGAGAGACUCAGCGACAGCUCCGCCCCUUCCAGCUUGGGAACAGGCUACUUUUGUGACAGCGACAGUGAUCAAGAAGAGAAGGCCUCUGAUGCCAGCUCAGAAAAGUUGUUCAACACAGUCACAAACAAAGAUACAGACUUAGGAGUUGUUACGCUAACGGAAAAUGAAGAUCAAGAGGCCAGGUCUUUGGCACUCCCCAAAAUAUCAGGAUUAGAACGGAGCCAAGAGAAGAGUCAGGACGGUGAAAAAGAGCCAUCGCUUGACCCUGUUGUGCCUCAGGAUCUUUGUCCUCAAGUUUCUCAGCCUUUGGUCCCACCUCGUUUGGAGCCACCAACAGAGGCACGUUCUCCAGAGCCUGCUGCUGUCCACCCUGCCCAUUCCUCCUAUUCGGACGUCCCAGAGAAGCAACCAGCUUUGGAAGAGGCCCAGUUUCCCACCGUUCCUCCUUCCCAAGUACAACAUCCACCGAGACCUUCCUCUCCUGGGCAGCCAGCCCAUCCAAACCGACCACCUUCUCAGCUGCGUCCUCUCUCCCGUAGCCUUGCACAACAGUUGUCGGCUUACAACAGCAGCAGUUUAAGCCUCAACAGCUUGAGCAGCAGCAGAAGCAGCACUCCAGCCAAAAGUCAACCCCCUCCUCCCGCACCGCCUCAUCCCCCCAUAGCUCACCAUCCCUCGGCAUCCCCCUUCCCUCUCUCUUUACCCAAUCACAGCCCUCUCCAUAAUUUCACACCUGCCCUCCAGCCUUCUAAUCACACCCAUCACCCCAAUAUGUUUGCCCCUCCCACGGCAUUGCCUCCUCCUCCUCCUCUGACAUCGGGGACAUUACAAGUUCCAGCUCAUCCCGCUGGCACUGCUUACUCAGAGCAAGAUCUUCUCCGCCAGGAGCUAAACACUCGGUUUCUGGCUUCCCAGAGUGCCGAUCGUGGCGCCUCGCUGGGCCCACCACCCUACUUGAGGACGGAAUUCCACCAACACCAGCACCAACACCAGCACACGCACCAACACACGCACCAGCACACCUUCACGCCUUUUCCUCACGCCAUCCCGCCGACAGCCAUCAUGCCAACGCCAGCACCUCCCAUGGUGCGUAAUCCAGGCAGAAAUUUUGACAAAUACCCUACAAAAGUAGAUCCUUUCUACCGUCACAGUUUAUUCCACUCCUAUCCUCCUGCUGUGUCUGGGAUCCCUCCUAUGAUCCCUCCAACUGGUCCUUUUGGCUCACUGCAAGGAGCGUUUCAACCCAAGACUUCAAAUCCUAUUGAUGUUGCGACAAGACCUGGAGCUCUUCCACAUACUCUCCUUCAGAAGGAUCCCAGGUUGACAGAUCCAUUCAGGCCUAUGUUGAGGAAACCAGGCAAAUGGUGUGCUAUGCAUGUUCAUAUUGCUUGGCAGAUAUACCACCAUCAACAGAAAGUCAAGAAACAGAUGCAAUCAGAUCCCCAUAAAUUGGAUUUUGGUUUGAAACCUGAAUUUCUGAGCAGACCUCCAGGCCCUAGUCUUUUUGGGGCCAUCCAUCAUCCUCAUGACUUAGCCCGACCGGCAACUCUUUUCUCAGCAACCAGUGCCGCCCAUCCAGCCGGUCCUACGUUUGGCCCUCCCCCGCACCACAGCAAUUUUCUCAACCCCGCGGCCCAUUUAGAGACUUUUAAUCGGCCCACGACGUUCACCAGCCUUGCAGCCAUGAGCAGCAAUGCCUUCGGGGGACUUGGCAACCAUGCCGUUACACCCAACGCUAUGUUUGGCCACAAGGAUUGCCCUGGCAUGCAAAGCUAUAGCAACCCUCACGAGCCUUGGAAUCGUCUGCACCGAACGCCUCCUUCGUUUCCAACUCCACCGCCCUGGCUGAAGCCAGGUGAGCAGGAACGCAGCGCGUCCGCUGCAGCUCAUGAACGAGACAGAGAUGUAGAUAAAGGAGACGCUUCUCUUAGUAAAGAUGACAAAGAAAGGGAGACUAUUGAAAAAAGACACUCAAGCCACCCUUCACCAGCACCUAUCCAUUCUGUGAGUUCCCUUGGACACAGCCGCAGCUCAGUUGAACAGAUUAGGAGCCACCUAAACUCAGAAGCUCGUGAAAAAGAGAAGUCCAAAGAGCGAGAGAGGGAUCAUCCAGAAUCACGGAAGGAUAUCAGUGUUGAUGAGCAACACAAGGCAAAGGACAACUACAUUUCAGACAAGGAAAGUGUGACCCACGAUAGCAGAUCGUUGGAGGAAUCUAAACAAGCAUCUCGGGUGCCUUCACCCUACACCAGGACACCUGUUGCAGAAAGCACCAGACCUAACAGCAACUCGAGUCGGGAUGCUGAGAAGAAGAGUGAACCUGCUUAUGAGAACCUGAAAAAAUCGAGUGAGGUCAAAGUGAAAGAGGAGAGGAAGGAAGAUCAUGACAUUUCUCCGGAAACACCACAAACACACCGGCCAUCUGAGCGGCCACCAUCCAUGCCCACGUCUAGUGUCCAUCCAGGCCCUUUAGCGUCCAUGCCCAUGACUGUGGGUGUCACUGGCAUCCACCCCAUGAACACCAUCAGUGGUCUAGAUAGGACUCGCAUGAUGACCCCUUUCAUGGGCAUUAGCCCAAUUCCGGGGGCCGAACGCUUCCCAUAUCCUUCAUUUCACUGGGACCCCAUGAGAGACCCCUUGAGGGAUCCCUACAGAGAUUUAGACAUCCAUCGGAGAGACCCAUUGGGCAGGGAGUUUCUCCUGAGGAACGAUCCACUGCACCGCCUCUCCACCCCAAGGCUCUAUGACACAGAGAGAUCUUUCAGGGACCGAGAGCCACAUGACUAUAAUAAUCACCACCAUCAUCCCCUUUCGGUUGACCCACGCCGUGAGCACGAAAGAGGAGCCCACCUGGACGAGAGAGAGAGGUUGCACAUGCUCAGAGAGGACUAUGAGCACGUACGGCUUCACUCUGUGCACCCCGUGGCCCUGGAUGGUCAUUUGGCUCACCCAAGCCUCCUUACUCCAGGACUUCCUAGUAUGCAUUACCCACGAGUCAGUCCCCCUUCAGGACUUCAGAACGGCAUCCUCAAUAAAGCCCCUCCCACAGCGGCCCUGAGUGCUCCUCCCCCUCUCAUUUCCACCCUAGGACCUCGGCCUGGUUCUCCCCGAAGGACUACACCUUUGACAGCAGAAAUGAGGGACAGGCCGCCCUCUCACACUCUCAAAGACAUCGAAGCGCGAUAAAUAAUGGCCGAAACACCUCCAAGAGAGAGAACAAUUAGACCAACGGAUCUUCUUACUCGAUCAAUGUAGACUUUGGUAAUGACCCAGCUGUAUAAGAUGUACAUACCCAGGUGUACUAAGGUUUUUCUUUUCUUUCUUGAUUUUUUUUUUCCAAAAUAAUAAUAAUAAUAAUAAAUGGUUGGGUUGUAUAUUAUAUGUUGAAAAAAAAAGUUUUCAGAACCUUUUAGACAAAAGUUGGCACAUUUUCUACGUCAAUGCUCUUUCUUUCUUAACUGUUCCCAACAGAACAAGAUGUAAGUCAGUAUUUCAUCUCCCCCUCAAAAUUGUCCCUCUUUCCACCUUUUCUGUCUCUCUCUUUUCAUUCUCUCCAGGUUGAAAUGAAGAAAAGCAGAAUCCCUUUAUUUUAUUAUCAUUUUACCUUCCCCUGUAAGGGAGUUGUUGAAAAUAACGUUAUUUCGUGGGUUAGUGGGUCAUAUAUGCAACAUGGGUAAGACGAAAGCUUUACUUUGUAAGUAUGUACAUAGGGGGGGAAAAAAGAAGAAUAAGUAAAAUAAUGCAUUACUACUUCUUAAACUGUGCUCUUUGCAGACUUUAAUUGUGCGAAAGACCGCAAACCUGCGGUACGUCUAAUGUCAUAAGACAGCUAAACCCCUUCAGCUAUGCAAUUAAUUUUGAGGCUUUUCACAAAAGCCUCUUUAACUCAAAGGCGCCUUGUCAACACACACAACCACACAUAAAGUCAUACUUUCCCUGAACAAACCCAUAUAUCCCUGAUAUCUUUUGGAUGAAGAAAUAAGCCAUCUUCAUCUUCAACAAAUAGAACUUGGAUCUCACCUAUUCUUUGUUUUUCCUAGCUAUUUUCCUACCUUUUGCUAGCUAGUGUUUUGUUGUUUCUUUUUCUUUAUUUAAUUUGAACAAUGUUGUACAAUGUUAGAUUACAGCCAGCUUCUUCAUAGCUGUUCCUGGAUCACUGUGAAUCAAACUUUAAAACUCAGAAGUAGAUCAUUUUUGCUGAAAUCCAUUUAGAGGAGCCAAGCAAACUCUGAAUUUAACUCCCAAGAAUCCAGCCAGAUUUUCUGCCAAAUUACAACUUUGAUUUAAGAACUAUGGAAAUUAUUAAAUAAAUGAGAAAUUGUUGAUUUCAAUGUUAUCAAAUGAUGCUAAUUGUCCUAACUUUGCCUAUUUGGUCAUCCUUGUUUCAUCCAACAUGUAGAGUCAACCAGGGGUCUCCAAACUUGGCAACUUUAAUUCUGGGAGUUGAAGUCCACAAGUCCUAAAGUUGACAGGCUGAGGAAUUCCGGGAGCUCAAGUCCCCAAGUCUUAAAGUUGCCAGGUUUGGAAACCCCUGGUAUAAACGAAGAUUUCUCUUAAGUGACAAAAUGAGUGUCAUGAAACAAAACUGACAUUUAUACAGGCUAUUCUGCCCAGGAGGUCAGAAAAGGCAAGAUGCCAGUCAUGACAUGAUGAAUGCCCGACUUAUUUUUUUUUUAAUUUUGUUUUUUGUGUGCAGUGCCUGUAAAAAUAGGUCAGACUUUGAUCACAGCUGCCAUUUGACUUCCUAACCUCUCUCCCAGAUGCCCUUGCAGUUACAUACUUCUGCCAGAUUUUGAGGUCAGAGUAGUUAAAGCCCAAUAACAAUAUUUGUACAACAUCCUAAAUGUGGUUGAUAUUCACCUCGGUUAAUUUUUUUUAGUUUUGUGCUUUAAGAUGCUAUGAAAAUCAUUUGGUGAGUUUAUAUAUAGUGCAAAGUCAAAAACAAAACUCAAACAAAACCUCCAGGCUCUUGCACCUAAUACUCUAAUUAAGGUUGGGGAAGUAAGGAAGCGUUGCGUAGAGGUUAACGCUGGAGUUUGUAGUCUAAAAUCUGGUGGGCAACUAACUGAUCUCGGGCAUUGCCUUAGCGGUUCUAGCCACCUCCAAAACUUGGCAACCAAAAGGGCACCUAAUGCUUCAAGACUUUUUGCAAAAAUAUCUUCUAUUAUUUUGGCAUUGGUUCGAUCUGAUGGGAAUUGGAGCCCCCAAACAACUGCAGUAAAACCAUGUUGCCUGCGUGAGUUUAGAGCUGGGCCUUAUAACAUUAACCUCCACUUUUCUAAACGCCAUCUGUUGCAAACCUGAUACCUCUGGUGCUAUACGGACUAGCAAUGUGGAACGUGAAUAUAUUUGCCAUUUGGGAAAAAGAAUAACUGAUUUUGGGGUCGGGUACCAAUUUUAUUAACCCUUUUCCCACAUCCAGACUCCAGUUGAAUAUCGGUUAACACGGGCAUAAGCCUUGUUAUAAGGAUGCACUUUUGACUAGGUGCAGAAGUCUGCUGUUAGCUCUUCAGAAACAUUGGUAAGACAGUACAUUUACGUUAAUAUUUUCGCACCAUUCUAUCAUUGUAGGGGUGAGGACUAGAGGGCUAUGGCACAAUGUUGUCUGUAACUCCCUCUGGGAACACACAGGAGCCCCGUGAAUAUUCCAGAAAUGAGAAAAGGCUUAAAUUCCAUGAGAUCAGACAGUCUAGGAAAUGUCAGUGAUUUCAUUUGAGAUUUCAUGCAUUUUCAGGUGAGAAGACUGGAGCCUUAGAAGAUGUGUGUAUAUGUAAGAAUCCUAAAAUUGCUUGAAAUUGGUACUCCAAUAAGAUUUUGGCCAUUUAAAAAAAGAAUACUCUGCUUGAUUUUAGAGGUGUGCAUGCCAUUAUAGGUAGUCCUCAACUUACAACUGUUUGUUUAGUAACCAUUCAAAGUUACAGCGGCACUGAGAAAAGUGACUUACGACCAUUUUUCACACUUACGACCAUUGCAGCAUCUUCAUAGUCCUAUGAUCAACAUUCAGAUGCUUAGCAACUGGUUCCUAUGUAAUGACGGUUGCGGUGUCCCCUUUUGCAACCUUCUGACAAGCAAAGCCAGAUUCGCUUAACGACCGUGUUGCUACCUUACCAACUGCAGUGAUUCAUUUAACAACUGUGUCAAGAAAGGUUGUAAAGUGGGGAAAAACUCACUUAACCGUCUUGCUUAGCAACAGAAAUGUUGGCCUCAAUUUGUGGUUGUAAGUCGAGGAUUAUCUGGACUCAAAAAUACGUAAGGAUGUUUGCAACCGAAAAAGGUUGCCAUUCAUCAUGAAUUGUUUGACAUUGAUUUCUGUAAUUAUUUUAGCAUCAAUCAAAGGCAAAAGGAAAUCACAAGUGUCCAUUUUUUUCCUCUUAACUAGAAAUUGUUUUCAUAUGUUCAAUAAUUCUGUUUUCCUAAGUGUCUUGAUUUUAAAUGCUGAGUUCUGUUUUGAAAUACUUUGGAGAGAAUAUGACUUUUAUCAGAAAGCGUACAAUACCUUGCCUCCUAAUAAUCUGUAAAAAUAUGUGUAUGGGAUUAAAAGAAAAUAGUUCCUUUGGUCUUCUAGUGUUAAAGUGAUAUCUCAAAUUGUUUCUCCUGUUUUGACAAAAAGAAGAAAAAAAGUCUAUUACAGACCGCUGUUUCUAAUGAUCAAAAAUCUAUUUUAGUAGUCAACUAAAAAGUUUUAGUUGUGAACUUCAGAUUUUGUGAACUCCAGAUGUUGUGCAGUGUUUUUUUUAAGAACAAGACAAAACAAAAAAAGAGAGAGAGAAAGAGAGAGAGAGAGAGAGAAUCCUGAAAAAUAUGUACACUGGCACUGUAGUGAUAGCUUUCAGUAUUGUAUAAAAAUAUUGUUAUAUACAAAUCUUUUUUUGCUGUUUCUCCUGUAUGUAAUAAAGUCCUUUCUAAAUCUUAUGUGAAAAAAAAAAAAUCAACAA